UAAAAAGGUGCGGUGGCGCUCUGUCACGCGCGCUGAUGAGCGAGAGCCCUUCUGUACCUCACCAACAUGAAGCACCCUUGAUAUGGCAUCUGUAAGACGUGUUUCCAAAAAGGGUUAAUACUGCUGACGGAUCCGGCAAAUCACCAAGGUAUUGUGGAACAAAAUGUUUCAUGAAGCAGCCAUGAGGGACAGACUCAGUCACCUACAGGAACUUUCUGUGUCCACAAAUAAUCUGGAAGAGCAGGAAUAUGCAGAGUCAGUCUCGGACUCAUUUAGCAAUGUGGAACUGGAAGAAGAAUUCCAGCAGCAAGCCAUCAUUGACAACAAUGAGAUGGACGCUGUGUUUGAUGAAGCUCAAGAGAUAAGGCGUGAGGUUCAGCUCAUUCAAUUGGAUGUAAAGCGGCUCAGAGAGCAAAACACACGCCUCCUAAGUGAACCAACUCGAACCAGCACAAUAAAGCGAGACUCCAAUGCCAUUGCUGCUGAUAUCAAAACCCGUGGAGAGGAUUUGCUGAAAUGUCUUCGUAAGAUGGACUCUCAUGCCAAAGAGCUGGAAGAGGAGCAUGGUAUCAAUUCGGCGGUAGCCAGGAUUGCUCGAACGCAGUAUGCUGGCCUAAGUAACAGCUUCCGUGAUGUGAUGAUGGAAUACAACGAAGCAGAGAUGAACCACAAAGAAACGUGCAAAACGCAUAUCCAGAGGCAGAUGGAGAUUGUAGGGCGAGAGGUGACAGGUGAGGAGAUUGAGGAAAUGCUGGAGAAUGGGCAGUGGAACAUCUUCAAUGAUAACGUUUUGACAGAAGGAAAAACAGCACGAUCUGCACUCAACCAGAUUGAAAGCCGACACCGUGACUUACUGGAGUUGGAGAACCGACUCAAGAGUGUCCAUGAGGUGUUCCUGGAUGUGGCCAUGCUUGUGGAAGAACAAGGGCCCAUGAUAGACUACAUAUUCACCAAUGUUCAGAAAACAGAUGCUAAACUCGAAGAAGUCCUAAUUCGACUUGAAAAAGCAAAGAGACAUGAUCAAAACAAUCCCUUCAAGAAAAUGUUCUGUAGCUGCUUUCCAUGCUAUAAGUAAUUUCUAUGGGCAAAAUAAUCUGCCCUUCGAUUAUAUGGAUGUUCAUGUACAGAAUGAAAUGUCUUUUCAGUUUGUUUUUAACAAUUUCUAUUUGGCUAAACUAAAAAAUUACAGGUAGUCUUCAUAUAGAUAUAAAAAAAAAACAUAAUAUAAGAUAACAGUUUACACAGAGAUUUGAUUUUUUGCUCAACUUUGUUAAAACAACAGACAAAAUGCUAUUUAGGUGGCAUGUGUGUGUAGCUGAUGUUUAAAUUGCACAAGUGCACAUAAUGAAGUAUAAGGCUAUAUAUGUACUAUAAAAUAUUAAAUAGCCUCAUGACAUUCAAUCCUAGCCUUAUUUCUUUAGAAACUGCACCUUUCAGUGAUAUAAGUUAUAGUCAGACAUAGUAAAUGAAGUUACAUUUGUUUAGGUAUUUGCAAGAAAAUAUAAAUUAUAAUGUUUCCAAUGUUUAUUACUCUUAUGUAAUUGUAACAUGGAAAUGGAUUAAACAGUUAAUACACUGUACAAUAUAAGACAAUAUAAGAAUAUCUAUGUUCAAACAUUGAGAGAUAAAGUACCAUAAAUUUUAAAUGAGUGUUUCAGAGCUUCUUGUAACUUUUCAUUAAA